GUUGUCCAGGUGAUAACCGACGCUCAGUGCUUACACUAGCGCAUUUCAACUUGACGCAAUGCUAAGCUAACCUCAAAAUCAGAGUCUCGGCGAACUCGAAUUGUGGCUAGCAGUGUUUUCUGUUUACAACACGUGUUUUUCAAGAAACUUAAAGUCAUUCCUCGAAGUUUAAAUAAGGUUCCUGACAUCAAACAUGGAUAUUUAUCAUGGCACUUUUAUCCAUUGUGAGAAUUUUGGCGAAAUCGAAGUUUUGGAGAAUACUGCAGUGGUAGUUCAUGAGGAAAAAAUUGUAGCAAUUGAUGUGAAUAUUGAUUUUGAACAACUACUGAGCACCUACAAAAUUUCAGAACACAAAAUUCGAGAAAUUUACAGACUAUCUGACCAGGAGUUUCUGAUUCCCGGUUUCAUCGAUGCUCACAUUCAUGGCCCUCAGUUUGAAAAUGCGGGACUUGGCUACGAUAAAGCUCUACUUGAGUGGUUGAAAGCAUAUACUUUUCCCUUGGAAAAAAAGUUUGAGGAUGUCAAUUAUGCAACCCCAGUUUAUGAGAAAGUAGUGGAGACAACAUUAAAGAAUGGCACAACAACAGCAGCGUAUUUUGGAACAAUUCAUUCGAAAAGCUGCCUAAAACUUGCAAAAAUUGCAAAAAUGAGAAAGCAGCGUGCUUUCAUCGGAAAAGUGAAUAUGAACAUGAAUGUUCCUGACUAUUUAACAGAGGAUACUAGACAGUCUAUUAGAGAUACAAAACAAUUCAUCAAAGAUGUGAUCAGUCUCGAUGACCCUCGAAUACAACCGAUAAUAACGCCAAGAUUUGCUGUCUCCUGUGACCUAAACAUGUUGGAGCAACUUGGUGCAGUUCAGAAAGAAUUCAACUGUCAUGUGCAAACACAUGUCUCAGAAAAUGUUGAUGAGAUCGAGUUCAUUAAACAGCUGUUCCCAAAGCAUGCAAAUUAUACUGAUGUCUAUAAAAAGGCAAAUCUUCUGGGAGAAAAAACAAUUCUAGCCCACGGUGUUCACUUGACAGAUGAGGAGUUGGAGUUAAUACGAGAAACCAACUCAUCAGUCAUACACUGUCCUGCUUCAAAUACUUGUUUGAAAAGCGGGCUUUGUAAUGUCCGAAGACUUUUAAAUAACAAAAUUAAAGUUGGUCUUGGAACAGAUGUUGCUGGUGGGUACAACCCUUCGAUCCUAGAUGCCAUGAGGCGUGCUAUUGAUGUUUCGAAUCAUAUAUUCCUUUCCAAUCCCGAGUAUAGGCCUUUAAAUUAUAAGGAAGUGUUUUAUUUAGCAACAAUGGGUGGAGCUGCGGCAUUAUCUCUGAGUGAAAAAAUUGGCAACUUCAAGAUUGGAAAAGAUUUUGAUGCUCUCCUUGUAAAUAUGGAAAAUAAAUUGAUCAGAGACCUACGACCUGAAGAACUAUUUCAGAAAUUCUUAUACCUUGGUGAUGAUAGAAAUAUUAAAAAUGUUUUUGUUGCAGGCGACAAAGUGAUAAUAUAAAACAAGGUACCUAUCAGGAAAGUUCAAAUAUUUAACAAAGGUGGUUUCUCUUGUCAAAGCCUCCUAAUCCCAAAGUUUGAAGAUUUUACGUCGCAUCACUCAUAAUAUAUCUAUACAAAUACUGUUUUCUUGGGUCGAUUUCUCCUCUCUUAUAUCCAGUAAUAUGAUAUCUUGGAAACUCAUGUACGAGGAAGGGUAAAACUUUGGGCAGCAAAUAAGACAAACCAUCUACUUCAGUGGUACUUCCCAGCAAAAAUUUGAUGUCAAUUGAAUGGAGACUGAGCAUGAGCAAGUGUGAAAAAUUUGCUUAAGAAGCAUAUUUUUCUAAAAAUUUAACUUUCCAUUAAACUGUCAACAAUAUGAGGGAGCCACUCCAAAAAAUCGAAUGCAAAUUUCUUUUUACCCCGGCGCAAUAUGGGUUUUGUCAUAAGAUUAUAAUUAUUCAUUGUUAUCAAAAUCUAAAAAUAACUUGCAUAUCCUGAGUAACCAAAUCCAUUAUUAAAACAUUUGCAUACAUAGA